AGCAGACCGAAGACAAACAAACCCACAAGCUAAUGCUAACGAAGCUAACGGUGAUGGAUCGGGUCAGAGUUUAAAGCUUCAGGGAUGUCGCUGUGCUCCGCCCUGCGCUGCUUCAUCAGACUGAAGAGGAGGAAUGUGGCGGUGGGUUUGGUCCAGCAGAGGGCGCUGUCUGGAGCCGAGGCUGUGAACGCGCUGAGGCCCUUUUACUUCGCCGUUCACCCAGACUUCUUCGGACAGCACCCCAAAGAACGGGAGGUGAAUGAAAACUCUCUGAAGCGUUUGAACGGAUACUUGGAGACUCUGCAGCGUCCUGGAGCGCACUCAGUGCAGCCCAUGAAGCUCACGUUUUACAUUCGAGACACGAAGGACGGAGACGAGCCCGACCUCACAGCAGGUUUCCGUCCGGUCACGUUCACGCUCCACAGCAGUGACGUUCUGAGCGCGGUGGUCAACGUGCUGCGCUCCUGUAGUCUCCCACAUGAGCACAUGAAGAGUCACAGCACCCAAGGGACCAGCAGCACCCAAGGGACCAGCCCACAGGGAGCCCAGCCCUUCUACAGGCCCAUCAAGUGGGACAAAUCCUACUACAGCUUUACCGGGUUCAGAGACCCGGAGCAGGAGCUGCAGCAGGCCAAACGAGUGGAGCCCACGCUCAGUUUGUGGUUGAGGAAGAAUGAACCAGAGGCGACGAAGAAGCACAAGGCCAGUGUCCCGAGACGAGACGAGCUGCAGAGACUCAAGACGGAGCUGUGCCUGAAGUUCAGCCUCACGGACAUCAGGUGGCAGCGCAGUUGGGGAGUGUCUCACAGGUGUUGUCAGCUCCAGAGUCUGAGCCGCCUGUCGCUGCAGAGUCCAGAGGCUCUGAUCCCGCUGCAGGGUCACACAGUCGUAUUCGCAGACGAGUCUGGGAUGAACGCCUCAGGUGACGUGAUGCUCGGGACCAUGGACGUCCAUCACCAGUGGCUCAAGCUGAUGGGGCGUUUGCCGAGUCUGCGCGGCCUCCAGCAGCAGAGUCUGUGGUUGAAGGAGCGCAUCAGUCUGCUGCUAGGGGGCGCCGUGGUGCUGCUCCCCGACAGGACGGGCUCAGAACAGCCCAUCGCCGAACACUACAGCAGCCUGAACGCCUUCCACAAGAGACUCCUGUCCGAGAGAGUGAGAGUGCACCCGCGCAGCCUCGAAGGACUGGGCCUGGUCAUAGACAAUAAUCGCUCGAUUCCCAGUUUACACGAUCUGGGAUACUUCCUGAUCCCCGUGACCUCUGACCCUCUCAAACUUCAGGCCUUCCUCCAGAGCCACGCCCCCGAGGCUCGCCGCAGGACACAGCGCCACCUACAACUGAAGCGGGAGGAGGAGUUGGCGGUGCAGCAGUGUCUGGUCUCUCUGUCCCUCCACACUCUGUCCAAAGAGUCGAGCAUCAGCAGUCUGCAGAUGAGUUUGUGCUGUGGGCGUCUGCUGGAGCUCAGACCUCCUCUGCUCCAGGGCCUGGACCUCAGAGUCUCCAGAUAUUACUCUGUGCUGCAGGACGGAGACCUGUGUGUGCCCUGGGACUGGAACUACUGACCUGAGACACUACUGACCUGAGCCACAACAGACCUGAGCCACACCUGCAGCCCACAACUUGGGUUAGGUCUGGUUUAGACCUGGUUUAGUCCUGGUUUAGUCCUGGUUUAGACCUGGUUUAGACCUGGUUUAGUCCUGGUUUAGACCUGGUUUAGACAUGUUUUAGUUCUGGUUUAGACUUGGUUUAUUGCUGGGGAGUUCUUUAUCUGCUGUGGUCAGUAUCAAAUGUGGUCCAAGAAUGAAAAAUAUUUCAAUUAAAAUAAGGUUUAAUGGGUUCAUUAAAACAAAUCUGUAAAACAAGAAACUCGAGGACCUUAAGGAGCGACUGUUGUGCAAAGUUAAACCAUGGUCAGUGAGAUUUCUAGUGUCUUGCUGUCGGUCACUGGAGGGUUAUGGAACUUCUGGUUAAUGGUUUUCUGUGGUAAAAUAUCUGUGGAAAUGCGUCGUAUUCUCCAGCAGCUUCAUAAAUCUGCCCCAUCACCAAAUCAAACGUUAGUUCUGUUCAGCAGUUCACUAAUGCUGGUCGUUCUACGAAAAUUCAGAAUAUAAAUAAUUUAAACUUUUUUUUUUUUUUUUUCAGAGUAAAAACAUUCAAAGUGAGAAAUUCAGGGAGAUUUAAAAUUCUAAAUCUGAUUCACAAAAUGAGACGUUUCAAUUUGUAGCUGUAAUAUAAGUGAAUUAAUCAACUUAGAGCCGUUCUACAGUUUUAACGUUUUAACUUUAUUCUAUGACUUUGCUGCAGAACACACGGCUCCUCGUUGUUUAAUGUUUAUUUAAUGCCCCACAGAUGUAAACGACCCUCUGCAACUACAGAAUACAACAGACUGAGUUCUGACGGUCCAGAUCUCUACACGGACUAAAUGUCCCGUAGAGCAGUGCUCCCCAAACUUUUUAGAGCCACGGACCAGUUUUAUGUCUGACAAUAUUUUGCAGACUGGGGGCUGCAGCAGCGCAGCAUUGUCUACUCCUGGUUUGGUCCUGGUUUAGACCUGGUUUAGACCUGGUUUGGUCCUGGUUUAGACCAGGUUUAGACCUAGUUUGGUCCUGAUUUAGUUCUGGUUUAUACUUGGUUCAGUCCUGGUUUUAAUUCUGGUUUUAGUUCUGGUUUAGACCUGGUUAAAUCCUGUUUUAAACCUGGUUUAGUUCUGGUUAAGUCCUGGUUAAAUCCUGAUUUAGACCCGGUUUAAUCCUGGUUUAGUUCUGGUUUAGUUCUGGUUUUAGACCUGGUUUGGUCCUGGUUUAGAGAUGCAUAUGGGAGGAGGGGGUUCGUGCUUUCGCAGCCCGGUACGGGUCCGUGGCCCUGGGGUUUGAGGGUUGUGGACUCUGCCGUAGAGAAAAUGAAUGUAAAUGUAACUUUACAAAUGAUCGAGGAGCUUUAAGGAGCGCGGUUUUAAAUGUGCAAUAUUCUGUAUAUUUUUAUAACGGUUCAAAAAGUAAAUCACAGCCCCUUAAGUAUUUUUAAGCACUUUUACUGCCAUUUCAGAGCUGGUUUAACACACAAAAACAUAAACACUACUGCGAUUAGUGUUGAUACUACUCGAACAUCUCAAAGUCUAGUUCGAUACUAAUAAUAGUUUUGAAAAGCUUGACUAAAACUAAAAUCAUGUUUGAGUUGGAUUUUUUUAGUCCAGAUGAGUAUUUAGUUUCGAUAUUAGGUUCGGUAUCUGAUUUUUGGUACUUUUGUCACGUCGAUUAAGCAAACUGUAAGACGGUUUAAUGAUUUCGUAACGUUUUUCCCCAGGUUUUUACAUUUGGAUUGGAUAAAAAUUAAGUUAAAUGAGUUAAUGUUUCUGCUGUUUUUGCCAGAACUUAAGUAAAUCAAAACUGGCGAGCCCAAAAUCUGGAACUUAAACUGUCAAAAUCUCGUCUCGUUUCAUUCUCGUGUCUCGUUUCAUUUCAUAUUUAACACGUUUGGACCCCGAGGAGAAAAGUUACAGCGGCGGGAAGAACUAAAAUAAAAAAGAAUACUUAUUUUAGUUAAAUAACACGAGGUUUUUGAAAGCUUUAACUUGAGUAGACAGUAUUACAAAGGCACUAAUGGAAAUCUGUAAAUGAUAGUCAUAUUUUUGUGUGAAUAAAAGAUCUGUUUAUUUAUAAUUGUCUUGAAUCGAAUGUGUAAAAAUGAUCAAAUAAAACUGACAAAAACUAAAUAAAACUAAAAAUUUAA